AUGGAUGAAACCGAGUGCCCGACCGUGCCAACCAGACCUGUCAAAACCAUCGCGCGCAAAGGACAAAAGCAGGUCGGCUCAUCAACAUCUGCCGAAAAAGGCACCAAUGUGUCUUUGGCUUUGGCCGUCAGCGCUAGUGUCCAGUCUAUACCGCCAUUCUUCCUCUUUCCCCGAGUCAACAUGAAAGAGAUGUUUAUGACUCAUGCGAGUCAUGCGCGGUUGGUGUUGCGAACGGUUCUGCACACCGGUGCUAAUGCCGAUUCSCCAACCAUGUUGCUGCUGGACAACCACGGUUCGCGUUUAUCGAUCGCGGCGAUAGAUUUGGCGUUGGAUCGUGGCAUCACUUUGCUGUCUUUUCCGCCGAAAUGCACUCACAAAAUGCAGCCGCUAGAUGUUGCGGUAUUUGCAUCAUUUAAGGGCAUGAUGACCGUGAAGCAUGAUGCAUGGAAAAAGUCCAACAACCCGCAAAUUUUCACUGAAGUUGACUUUGUCGCUUCGGAACUGAGCGGCGAAAAUUUGUUCGGUGACGAAGAGAAAGACGCCGACAAUCAACGUCGAGUUGUUGCCUCUGGUGAUGCCAUUGUGACUGCUGCGAAUGAGGAGGUGUCAACGUCGGAGGCAUCGACAAGUGCCCCAGCUUCAACAAGAGGUGCUGCAUAA